AUGGGCCUUAACAUCAACAUCGAUAAUCAUUACAUCUCCAAAAUCUAUACAAACGGAUCCUCGGUCUCUGGGUCUGUGUUAUUGUGCCCAGAGAUUGAUAUUCCUUUUCACUGGCUUCAAAUCACACUCGUUGGCACCUCGCACACUCGAAUCGACAUGCUACCUGUCCCCAAAGUCAUUGACAAUGAUUUUCUCAGGUUGGACAUGCCGAUAGACGAAAAAGUUUAUCCCGCAGACCGUGUGUUCAAGGCUGGAACAACAUAUAAUGCUCCCUUUGAGUUUACUAUCCCUCAAACACUCCUCAAAGACCCUUGCGACGACGUCUUGGAAUCUGGGCAUAUUCAUGAUCUCCACAUGCGACUUCCCCCUACUAUGGGUGGCUGGGAGAAAGACGACAUGUCUCCAGUCAUGGCAAGCGUCGAAUACGUUGUUUUGGCUCGUGUACUGCAAAAGCAUACCUCCAACUUGAGCCAAGCAACUGAGGCUAGCCGCGCAAUCAAGGUCAUUCCCGCCUUCCCAGAAGACCCUCCUCUAAGGAUCACCAAUUUGGACACGCGAUAUGCUCUCAGAAAGUCAAAGUCCAUUCGCAAGAAAGUACUUUCAAUGGAAAAAUAUUCUUUGGACGUGACUGCUUCUCAACCAAGAGCUCUUCACCUUGGUACCACUGGGCAUCAACUUGAAGAAGUCCCUGCUUCGGCCGUGAUCGACUUCAGCUUUGUCUCUGAUUCUCCCUUUACCACACCUCCAGAGGUAAAAGUCGCCCAACUUAAGCUUGAGGCACUUACGUGGUUCAGUGCAGUGUCUAUGAAGACGCUUCCUGAACUUGGAGAAGCAAGAAACUCAGGUUGCAUCAAACAUGAGUUGAAAUAUGUCACAUCGAUCAAGCUUCCAGCAACCGAUGUGGGGCAGAUCACAUGGACUCGCGAGGAUAGCGUGCAAGGACAAGGCUCAACUGUUUGGAGGGCAGCCGCCACAGUGCCGCUUCAACUGCCAACCACUCAAAAGAUGUUUCUCCCGACUUUCUACAGCUGUUACCUUGCUCGGACGUAUGUUCUGCAUCUACAAACGUCAGUCUCGGGUACAAAGGUUUGCCUCUCAGUGCCACUCCAGAUCUCCACUGAAGCGUCCGGCCAUGAGACAUCAGAACCGGUAGGCGAGGAACUGCCAACCUUUGAUGCAGCUCUAGCUUGGAGGUAG